AUGUCCUCUAAGGUGUCGCCGCGGAUCCAAGAAGUCCGAGAUCUGGUGAAGCAGGAUCCCUCGAAAGCCGCGCCCAGUUACCAGAAGAUCCUCGCAGAGGGUCCCGGAUCCACAGAAGCCUCCUCACGAGACUAUGAACAUGCUUUGAUUGGCCUUGGUGAGGCAUACCGUGAUGCAAAGAAGCCACAAGAGAUCGCAGACCUCAUCAAGACCAGCCGUGACACCUUCUCGUCAUUUGCCAAAGCGAAGACAGCCAAACUGGUCCGUCAACUGCUGGAUCUGAUUAGCGAAAUCCCCAACACACUCGAGCUUCAAGGCAGCGUCAUCCAAUCAUGCAUAGAAUGGGCUAUCUCCGAGCGAAGAUCGUUCCUGCGCCAGGCUCUCCAGGCUCGACUUGUUGCCAUUUACAUGCAAAAGCAAUCCUACUACGAUGCUCUCACUCUCAUCAACUCCCUUCUACGUGAACUGAAGCGCCUGGACGACAAGCUGAUGCUGGUGGAGGUACAACUGCUCGAGUCGCGUGUUUACCACGCUCUGGGUAACCAGGCCAAAGCACGUGCUGCUCUCACCGCAGCCCGUACAUCAGCUGCAUCUGUGUACACGCCGCCAAACUUGCAGGCCGGUCUGGAUAUGCAGAGCGGUAUGCUCCAUGCUGAAGACAAGGACUUCACUACUUCCUUCUCCUACUUCAUCGAGGCACUUGAAGGAUACAACUCGCUCGACGAAAGUGACCUGGCAACAGCGACGCUGCAAUACAUGCUUCUCUGCAAGAUCAUGUUGAAUUUAGUGGAUGAUGUCACACAAUUGCUGGGGUCGAAGCAAGCACAAAAGUACGCCAGCCCACGCCUCGAGGCAAUGAAGGCCGUAGCCCGAGCACACGCCAAUCGCUCUUUGGAAGAAUAUGAGAAGGCUCUUUCGGACUACCGUUACGAACUUGGCGGUGAUGUGUUCAUUCGGAACCAUCUUCGUCGCCUUUACGACGCCAUGCUGGAACAAAACUUGGUCAAGGUUAUUGAGCCUUUCAGCCGAGUUGAGCUGGAUCACAUUGCCAAGAUGGUUGGCUUGGACACGCAGCAGGUUGAGCGCAAGUUGUCCCAGAUGAUUUUGGACAAGGUCAUCAUCGGAGUACUGGAUCAGGGCUCCGGGUGUCUGAUUGUGUACGAGGAGACAGAACGGGACCAGGCCUACGAUGCCGCGCUAGACACAAUUGAGAAGCUCGGCAAUGUCGUGGAGGGGCUGUAUACUAACCAGGCAUCUCUCCUGGAGUAA